AUGUUCUCCCAGAAGAAACCCUACUCUGCAAUCACUGUGACCGUUGAUCGGCUCACUAGUGAGCAGUAUGAAGAAGACGAUCUAAGCGGUAUCCCCGAUCUGGUAGAGGUUAUCAAGUUGCAAGCGUCAGGUCCCGCAGAGGCUGCCCGAUCUAUUCGGAAAAAGCUCAAGUAUGGAAAUGUCCACCGCCAGCUGAGAGCGUUGACCCUUCUGGAUGGCCUGAUCCAGAAUGCCGGCCCACGUUUCCAGCGUGCUUUUGCUGACGAGCCACUUCUGGAGCGCUUGCGAGUUUGCGGAACUUCUGACCUAUCGGAUCCCGAGGUGAAGAAGAAGUGCUCAGAGCUGUUCAGGAGCUGGGCUACAGAGUACAAGAACACGCCAGGUUUAGAACGCAUUGCAGUACUGUACAAGCAACUCCCACGACGAAAACAAGUGGUUACCCAGGACAAGUCCAAGGUUCUGAAAGAGACUGAGAACCCCUUUCACGAUUCCGAGGAUGAGGCAGAGCGACCACCCCCUGCACAGGCAUCGUCUUCGAAACCUCCUGUAGCCUUCCCCCAGCCCAACCAAACGGUGCAAUCUUUCAGCCACACCAAGUCUUCCUCGAAGUCAGGCUCUUUCUUUGGCUCCUCCAAGGACAAGAAAAAGGACAAGAGCAAGAAGAAGCCGAGGCCGUUCAACCUUGAGGCCGAAAAGGACACCAUGAAGGUGUCGAUCGCCGAGUCUUCUAUUGCCGCUACCAACUUGAUGAAUUCCCUCCAGAGCAUCAACCGUGAGCAGGAGCGGAUCUCCGAAAACGCCGCCGCUGUUCAACGUUUUGAGACCUGCAAGAAGCUUCGAAGGAAGAUCGUGCGCUAUAUCCACCAUGUUGAGGACGAGCAGUGGCUGGGUGGCUUGUUGCAUGCCAACGAUGAGCUGAUCCUGGCCCUCAUGACCUUUGAGCAGCUGGACCGUUCUAUUGACGCGGACAGCGACUCGGACGACGAGUUAGCAGAGCAAGCCCAUCUGUACAGGAUGGCAACUGAGAAAGGAAAAAGCACCAUGUCCCCCACGGGAAGCCCCGACGCGGGCAGUCCUGUGCCUGACCUUUCCGGCCUGAACAUCGCUCCACCCCAGCCGCCUCGUCCUGUGCCCCCGCCCCGGCCGUCAGCCGUAUCCAAGCCAUCUGCGGCUUCCAACCCUUCUCCUCCGCCUGUGCAUGUCAACGACGAGGACGAUGUGGCUUCUGAGGAUGAGGAUGAAAACGACCCUUUCGCGGACAGGAACGCCGUCGCAACGCCCAUGGUGGAGAAGGGAGAGCCCAAGUGGUAA